ACUGGUGACCUGACAUCCUGUUUUAGACAAAUUGAGUAAUUAGGACUACACCUGCCCUGGAAGGGGGAUCAAGAGGGAGCAGGUUUCUUGGUUUUUAUAUUGGCGGAGAUAUCUGGUCACUUACCUAGGUGUACAACAGUCUAAAGCCAAACCCAUUACCGUCAAUUCUGACUCAUAAGUGACCCUAUAGGACAAAGUAGAACUACCCUAUACGGUUUCCAAGGAGCGCCUGGUGGAUUCCAACUGCCGGCUUUUUGGUUAGCAGCUGUAGCUCUUAACCACUACGCCACCAGGGUUUCCGUACAAGAGUUUAGGGCCCAGAAAAGCCCCGUCCUGCCCGGAAGUAGCAUUUGGCACUUCCGAAUGGAGCCUUAGCUGAAGGGAGUCGGAAUCGACUGGACAGCAGCGGGUUUGGUUUUUGGGUUCCCCACCCUCAGGGGGCUCCGAUUCUUUACACGGAAUACUAAGUGAGGAGUUCUGUAAGCAUUAACUGCAGUUCUGGAUAACGGUGUACGGUCCUAAUCCUGCAUGUCUACGGUUUUUAACAACUGCCCCUUAAUGCUUUUCCUUCUGCAGGCUCGUGUCGAGAACUGUCAGUCAUCUUGGUAAUACUGGAUUGGAUGCCUAAAGCUGCAGGAAAAAGACCAGAAGAACUUUAAGGAAAAAACUUACACCAACAAUUAAAAUAUGGCGGAAGUGAAGUCAAUGUUCCGGGAAGUUCUUCCAAAACAAGGGCAGCUGUCUGUAGAAGAUGUAACCACAAUGGUGCUAUGUAAGCCCAAACUUUUACCCUUUAAAUCUCUGACUCUGGAAAAACUGGAGAAGAUGCGGCAAGCAGCACAGGAUACAAUUCGUGAACAAGAAAUGGCAGAAAAGAAACAGCAAUAACUCACUGAAUGA